UCACUCGAUGUUCAGGAACGACUAGUGAGGAGGAACUCGCGCUAGUUCUGCGAGUCCGCACCAAGUUUGUGACCUGGAAUAAACGAGACACUUCUAAAAAAGCGCAGCGUCGAGAGGAGCCUUAAACCGUCUUGAGAGAGGGGAAGAGCAGAUUUAAAGACGUAUAUUCCCCAAAGACAGCGCCAUGAGUCGCAGCAUUGUGCGCCAGAGUAAAUUCCGGCAUGUUUUUGGGCAAGCGGUGAAAACGGAUCAAACUUAUGAUGAUAUCCGGGUUUCCAAAGUGACAUGGGACAGUUCCUUCUGUGCAGUUAACCCAAAGUUUCUGGCAGUUAUAGUGGAGUCCAGUGGAGGCGGGGCCUUUCUGGUUCUGCUGCUCUCAAAGGUGGGUCGAGUGGACAAAAACUAUCCUCUAGUGAUUGGACACUCAGGGCCUGUUCUGGACAUUGACUGGUGUCCUCACAAUGACAAUAUCCUGGCCAGCUGCUCUGAAGACACCACUGCCAUGGUAUGGCAGAUCCCUGACCACACUCCCUCUCGUCCCAUCAGCGAGCCCAUUGUGGUGCUGGAGGGUCACUCUAAACGCGUGGGCAUCAUCAAAUGGCACCCCACUGCCCGCAACAUACUCCUCACUGCAGGCAGUGAUAAUCUGAUCAUCAUCUGGAAUGUGGGCACUGGAGAACCCUUGAUUACAAUGGAUGACCAUCCUGAUCUCAUCUAUAACGUCAGCUGGAACUACAACGGUAGCCUGUUCUGCACAACCUGCAAGGACCGUCGCCUCCGAGUGUGCGAUCCCCGGAAAAACGAGGUGGUGGCGGAAAGACUGUCCCCACAUGAGGGUAUCCGGCCAAUGAGAGCCAUUUUUACCAAAGAGGGCAACAUUUUCACCACAGGUUUCACCAGGAUGAGCCAGAGAGAGCUUGGCCUGUGGGAUCCGACUAAUUUUGAAGAGCCCAUAGCACUACUGGAGCUGGACACAAGUAAUGGAGUUUUAUUGCCUUUUUAUGAUCCAGACACUAACAUCGUGUAUCUCAGUGGCAAGGGUGACAGCAGUGUUCGGUAUUUUGAGAUCACAGAGGAGCCUCCCUAUGUGCAUUACAUCAGCACAUUCAGUAGCAAGGAGCCACAGAGAGGAAUGGGCUUCAUGCCCAAGAGAGGAGUGGACGUCAGCAAGUGUGAGAUUGCCAGAUUAUAUAAACUCCAUGAAAGAAAGUGUGAGCCUAUUAUGAUGACAGUACCCAGAAAGUCGGACCUGUUCCAGGAUGAUCUGUACCCAGACACAGCAGGCCCAGAGCCGGCUCUGGAACCUGAAGAAUGGAUGGACAGACGAGACGCAGACCCCCUAUUAGUGUCCAUGAGGGAUGGCUAUGUUCCUCCAAAGAGUAGAGAGCUAAAGGUGGCCAAGAAGAAUGUUCUAGACACCAGACCUGCAACACGUAGAAGCAUGUCUGCCGUAGAUGGAAGUAGUUUGCCCCCUCAGUUGUUGGAGAAGCUUGUUGAGGAGAUCCAAAAUCUGAAGGCCACAGUUCUUUCUCAGGAGAAACGAAUCUGUGACUUGGAGAAUAAGCUCUCUAAAUACACUAAUGGCACAGUCUGAAUAAAGCUAACUCAUCCUGUGCACACUGCCCAAUUCACUGCUAACCCCUCACAACUAAAGUAUGAGCACAGAUAGGCCAAGCCACCUCAACUCACCCCAGCUUUUAUCAACACCGUAACUGCAGUUCAACUGGCUCGCCACUUGACUUGACACAGGCUUUUUCUAAAUGUGAAUAAAUCACCUAUACAGUAGUUACAUUUCGAAUCAUUAGGAGAUUUAAUUUGGCAAAGGCACUUGUAAUGCUCAUCCUGAUGCUUUGUCGAAAAAUUUUUAAUAUUGUGUAGUAGUACACAAUAUUAGCUAUAUUCCUUAAAUGCUUCAGGAAUCAUAUCAGGAAGAAUUUAUGUCAGCUAUGCAAAAGGUAGGCAAAACCACCUUCAUUUUAGGAUUUACAAAUCCUUUAAUGUACUUACUGCUUUUUACCAUUCAAUGCUGACAAAGAAUGAGAGAAGAAAUGUAGCUGCAGCUUUCUGUAGUGGUUAACAGUCACAGUGUCUUUGGUAGUCUCUGUGUGAACAUACCUCAUUGUAAAGACCAGGACUUGGGAUCAGAUGGUAGCAUAUGUAGCUCUUAUUUGGUCAGCUCUGGACAAGCAAUAUCUAUGGCAUGACUAUAAUAUGUCAGGACAGUAGCGAGCUCAGUAAUGCUGCCAAUACACUACACGAUUUUGAAAUAAUCAGAGUGCUGUUCUUUUCACACUACGCUAACUUUUUUGGGUAUCAUGAAGUUGCUGUGCUUUGCACAUAACACAACGAAUCGGUGACUGUGGGCCACACAUCAAACAAUUUCACUAGGAAGAAUCCCCAUUUCUCAUUUACAAAAUGCAUUUGCGAGAAGUGAUGCAGGAUCUCACAUAAUAUCAUGCAUGAACGGAAUUCUGGCGUGGAACUGGUAUUCCUUCAAAUCAAAAUGGUUAUCCACAAGAAGCUUGAAAUCUACAAAAACAGAAAAAAGAUGAAUAUGGAGAAGAGAUUGUUUGAGAAGCUGACUUCUCAAUAUUUCCCUUGCGCUAUAUCUUGUUCUCCUCUCAUUAGCUGAAGGUCAUCGCUAAUGUCAUUUCCAGUCAAAACACAUUUCGCACUGCAAGAUUUCACAGUGGCAGACAGGCCCAGAUAUUUAGCCUGCUAAUUAAUUCUCGGGCAUCAGUGCUUUUCUCAAAUUGUGUCUUUCUCCACUAUAUGACCUCACACUAUACGAUAGUCACUCAUGUGAACGAGCAUCGAUUUGCCUCAGAUUUAAGACUGACCUCCAGAAAAAUCUUCUUGUUGGUGAUCUCCAUAAAAAUAGGGCCUAAAAUCGUGUAGGCUUGAGAGUUCUGCACAUCACUUAUUGCCAUUUUAUCGUAGUGGAAUAGUUCAGCCAAAAAUUAUGUACUCUUGUUAUACUGACCCUCAUAUUGUUCCAAACUAUUUAGUUAAUUUUUUGGUAAAAUAUAAAAGUUGUUACUAAAUGUCCAAGUUGCUCUUUUCCAUACAAUGAAUGUGAUUGAUUACUUGGGCUGUGGAGCUCCAAAAAUGACAAAAAAAGCACCAAAAAGUAACAUAAAAGUGGUCUGUGUGACUCAUGCGCUAUAUUCCAAAUGUUCUGAAGACUUACGAUAACUUUUUGUGGGGAACAAACAUGGCAUCACAAGAUGCAUCAUGCCAUCAGCGACAUGGACGAUACUGGUUCUUGCACAACAGAUUUCACAUAUUUAAACAUCUUUAAAUCAAAACAAGCACAUAUUAUAUUUGAGAUCUACAGCAGGAAUUAAAAAUAACUACUUUUGGUCUGUUCUUCAUAGAAAACUAUGUAUAGACCACAUAGCUUCAGAAGACUUGGCAUAUAGUGUGUGUGUGUGUUGUGUGUGUAUUAGUAUUAUACUU